GUCUGCGCCGCCGCCGUCAGUGCCGCCCCGCCCUCGGCCCCGCUGCUUGCUCUGUUCCUCACGCUGCAGCCCCCGCCGUAGCCGCCGCGGAGCCCACUGCCACCGCUUCUGAGCAGAAGAUGGCUGUGCCUCCCACGUAUGCUGAUCUUGGCAAAUCUGCCAGGGAUGUCUUUACCAAGGGCUAUGGGUUUGGCUUAAUAAAACUUGAUUUGAAAACAAAAUCUGAGAAUGGACUGGAAUUUACAAGCUCAGGUUCAGCCAACACCGAGACCACCAAAGUGACGGGCAGUCUGGAAACCAAGUACAGAUGGACCGAAUAUGGUCUGACGUUUACGGAGAAAUGGAACACUGACAACACACUAGGCACGGAGAUUACUGUGGAAGAUCAGCUUGCACAUGGCCUGAAGCUGACCUUCGAUUCAUCCUUCUCACCAAACACUGGGAAAAAAAAUGCUAAAAUCAAGACAGGGUACAAGCGGGAACAUAUCAACCUGGGCUGUGACGUGGAUUUCGACAUUGCCGGGCCUUCCAUCCGGGGUGCUCUGGUGCUGGGUUACGAGGGCUGGCUGGCUGGCUACCAGAUGAAUUUUGAGACCGCGAAGUCUCGAGUGACCCAGAGCAACUUUGCAGUUGGCUACAAGACUGAUGAGUUCCAGCUUCACACUAAUGUAAAUGAUGGGACAGAGUUUGGUGGCUCCAUUUAUCAGAAGGUGAAUAAGAAGUUGGAGACUGCUGUUAAUCUGGCCUGGACAGCAGGAAACAGUAACACUCGCUUCGGAAUAGCAGCCAAGUACCAGAUCGACCCUGACGCCUGCUUCUCGGCUAAAGUGAACAAUUCCAGCCUGAUAGGGUUAGGAUAUACUCAGACCCUAAAGCCAGGUAUCAAACUGACACUGUCAGCUCUGCUGGAUGGCAAGAAUGUCAACGCUGGUGGCCACAAGCUUGGUCUAGGACUGGAGUUUCAAGCAUAAAUGAAUACUGUACAAUCGUUUAAUUUUAAACUAUUUUGCAGCAUAGCUACCUUCAGAAUUUAGUGUACCUUUUAAUGUUGUAUGUCUGGGAUGCAAGUAUCGCUAAAUAUCAUGUUAGACUUCCAGGUUAAAGAUGAUUCAGCUUUAGGGUGUUACCCUUUCAGAGGUACAGAAGAAACCCAAUUUCAAAAAAGGUCCUUUCAGCUGUAGACUUGAGGGGGAGCUUGCUGGCCCCUCUAGAGACGUCAGGGUUCUUUUUUACCUAGAAGUGGCUGCAAGUGGAAGUUGAUAAUCUGCAGGCACUUUGUAAUUUGUAAAUUCGUAUUGAGUAAAUGAAUGAAAUUGUGACUUCCUGAGAAUUGAACCUUGGUUUCCUACCCUGAUUGAGGAGAGGCUGUUUGAUGGUGUAUACAAACUCAUCUGAAAGGGACUUUUUUAGGCAGGGACUUUUUCCACCCCAAUCCAUCACCUCUUUUACACCAAAAGUAGUCUGCAGGGCGUGGUAGCUGUUUCUUUUGUGCCAUUUUGGGGUGGAGAAGGUGGAUGUGAUGAAGCCAAUAAUUCAGGACUUAACUGUGUUUUUUCUCAUGUUGUGUUUUUUUUGCCCUUGCACCAGAGUAUGAAAUAGCUUCUAAGAGCUCCAGCUGCAAGCUGGGAAGAGUCUCUGUGACUGUAAUCACAUGGUGACAACACUCAGAAUCUAAAUUGAACUUCUGUUGUAUUCUCGCCACUCAGUUUAUUUUUUAGCAGUUUAAUGGGUACAUUUUAGAGUCUUCCAUUUUGUGUGGAAUUAGUUCCUCCCCUUCAAAUGCUGUAAUUAACAUCACUUAAAAUAAAACUUGAAUAAAAUAUUGAAA